AUGCGGAUCACUUGCAUCAUUAUUGGCAACCCCGCUAGGCGUCGUCCAGAUGGCCUAGGAUAUGUAGCUCUCACAGAAGCGUAUGAGGCGCUGGUACGGACCGCUCAGACGAUGCGCUUUGAGAGCACCGCCCGUACGGAGGCCCCCGAGACAGCGGAGUAUACAACACGGAUGAUUGAGCUUAUCGAGACUGAUAUGCUACAGGCACAUGACUUUGAGCAUCUCGGUGAGCGUGUUCCUGGUGCCCCAUCUCAGGCAGCGGGUGGUCGUGGUCGUGCUGGAGGUGGUGGUCGCCGAGAGGGUAGGGCCAGAGGAGUUGGUGGCCGAGAUGGUAAGGCUGGCAGAGGUGGUAGGUCUGGCAGAGGUGAUGAAGGUCCGUCGGCUUUAGAGAUCCCGUCGAGUUCUUACCGGCCGUCGACUACAGAUAUCCCAUCGACUUCUUCUUCCCGGCCGUCAACUUUAUAA